CUCUCCUCUCCUCCCUCUCUGUCGUUUCCGAAAUCCACGGUCGGUCGUGGUCAGGGUUCAGUGAGCCUCUCCUGCAGGGGACAGGCGCAGGGGCCCUUCAGGGAGCUCACCCUGCCCUGCCCGGAGGUACUGCCUUUCCAGGAUUGGGGACGGCAGGUGUAGAAACAGUGAAAGUGCCUCGCGAUCCAGCCUCCUGGAUGAUGCCAGCCCUUUGUCCCCUCAGCCUCCGUCUGGCCCUCCUCGUGUUGCUGGGCACAGCCAGAGCAGGCCCCUUCUCUCCGCGGUCCAACGCAAGCCUCUCAGCCCCUCGGCCCCCUCCCCAGCCUGGGGGCCGCACCGUGGAGGCAGGUGGUGGAAGUCCUUCUUCGCAGCUCUAUGAGCACACCGUCGAAGGAGGGGAGAAGCAGGUGGUAUUCACCCACCGCAUUAACCUGCCCACUUCCACGGGCUGUGGCUGCCCCCCGGGCACAGAGCCCCCAGUCCCUGCCUCGGAGGUGCAGGCCCUGAGGGUCCGGCUGGAGAUCCUGGAGGAGCUGGUGAAGGGGCUCAAGGAACAGUGUGCUGGGGGGUGUUGCCCUGCGGCUGCCCAGGCUGGCACGGGUCAGACAGACGUGCGGAGCCUCUGCAGCCUCCACGGUGUGUUUGACCUGAGCCGCUGCACCUGUUCCUGUGAGCCAGGCUGGAGCGGACCCACCUGUUCCGACCCUGCAGACCCCGCGAUGCUCCCCUCCACCCAGCCCCCAGCCUCAGGGUCCUGCCCUGACGACUGUAACGAUCAGGGUCGCUGUGUCCGCGGUCGUUGUGUGUGCUUUCCUGGCUACACGGGCCCAAGCUGCAGCUGGCCUUCCUGCCCCGGGGACUGCCAGGGCCGCGGGCGCUGUGUGCAGGGCGUGUGCGUGUGUCGGGCCGGUUUCUCUGGUGCUGACUGCAGUCAGCGUUCCUGCCCCCGGGGCUGCAGCCAGAGGGGCCGCUGCGAGGACGGGCGUUGCGUGUGCGACCCUGGUUACACUGGUGAUGACUGUGGCACUCGGAUAUGUCCCUGGGACUGUGGCGAGGGUGGGCGCUGCGUGGACGGCCGCUGCGUGUGUUGGCCUGGAUACGCAGGAGAGGACUGUAGCACGCGGACUUGCCCGCGCGACUGCCGAGGCCGCGGGCGCUGCGAGGACGGCGAAUGCAUCUGCGACCCGGGCUACAGUGGGGACGACUGUGGCGUGCAACGCUGCCCAGGCGAUUGCAGCCAGAGAGGCCGCUGCGAGGAUGGGCGCUGUGUGUGCUGGCCGGGGUACACUGGGCCUGACUGCGGUGCGCGCGCCUGUCCGCGCGACUGCCGGGGCCGCGGGCGCUGCGAGAACGGCGUGUGCGUGUGCAACGCGGGCUAUAGCGGCGAGGACUGUGGCGUGCGCACCUGUCCUGGGGACUGUCGUGGGCGAGGCCGUUGUGAGAGUGGUCGCUGCGUGUGCUGGCCAGGUUAUACGGGCCGGGACUGCGGUACACUUGCCUGCCCAGGAGACUGUCGCGGGCGUGGCCGCUGCGUAGACGGUCGCUGCGUGUGCAACCCGGGUUUCACAGGUGAAGACUGCGGAAGCCGUCGGUGUCCAAACGAUUGCCGCGGGCACGGCCGCUGCGAAAACGGCAUGUGUGUGUGCGAGGCGGGCUACUCAGGUGAGGACUGCGGUGUGCGCAGCUGCCCCGGGGACUGCCGAGGUCGUGGCCAGUGCCUGGACGGGCGCUGCGUGUGUGAUGACGGCUACUCAGGCCAGGACUGCAGUGUGCGGCGGUGCCCGCAAGACUGCAACCAGCGGGGCACGUGCCAGGACGGGGUGUGCGCCUGCUGGGAAGGCUACGCGGGAGAGGACUGUGGCACCCGCACCUGCCCCUCCAAUUGUAACCGGCGUGGCCGCUGUGAGGACGGCCGUUGCGUGUGCGAUCCAGGCUACACUGGCCCCACCUGUGCCACACGCACCUGCCCGGCCGAUUGCCGGGGCCGCGGGCGCUGCGUGCAGGGAGUGUGCUUGUGCCACGUGGGCUACGGAGGCGAGGACUGCGGGCGAGAGGAACCUCCUGCCAGCGCCUGUCCCGGGGGCUGUGGGCCCCGGGAACUGUGCCGCGCCGGCCAAUGUGUGUGCGUGGAGGGCUUCCACGGCCCCGACUGCGCCAUCCAGACGUGCCCCGGGGACUGCCGCGGCCGCGGAGAGUGCCGUGAGGGCAGCUGCGUCUGCCAGGAUGGCUUCGCGGGGGAGGACUGUGGGGAAGAGAUUCCUGCCAUAGACAACAUGAGGAUGCACCUGCUGGAGGAGACCACCGUGCGCACAGAGUGGACCCGGACUCCCGGCCCUGUGGACGCCUAUGAAAUCCAAUUCACCCCCACGACAGAGGGGGUGAGCCCUCCGUUCACAGCACGGGUGCCCAGCUCUGCCUCAGCCUAUGAUCAGAGAGGAUUGGCUCCGGGUCAGGAGUACCAGGUCACUGUCCGUGCCCUCCGCGGGACCAGCUGGGGGCCUCCUGCCUCCAAGACCAUCACCACCAUGAUUGAUGGCCCCCAGGACCUCCGCGUAGUGGCUGUGACACCGACCACCCUGGAUCUCAGCUGGCUGCGCCCCCAGGCCGAGGUGGAUCGGUUUGUGGUGUCCUAUGUCAGUGCUGGCAACCAGAGGGUGCGGCUGGAAGUGCCCCCUGAAGCAGACAGGACAACGCUGACAGAGCUGAUGCCAGGCGUUGAGUAUGUGGUGACCGUCACCGCGGAGAGAGGCCGGGCAGUCAGCUACCCAGCUUCCGUCAGGGCCAACACAGCACCAGCCCACUACAGUUACCCGGAGGUGCGCCCCCCUGCCCCGCCCCCCCAGCCCCGCCCCCGGCCGGCCCCUGCCCAGCGGCCCCCGCGCCCCCCGAGGCCCACCGAGGAGAGGGAGGCGGAGUCCCGGCCCGAGCUCCAGCCCCAGCCCCCGCGGCGCCCGUGGGCCAACCUGACGGCCGAGCUGGGCCGCUUCCGCGGCACGGUGCAGGACCUGGAGCGCCACCUGCGGGCUCACGGCUACCCGCUGCGGGCCAACCAGACCUACACGUCGGUGGCACGCCACAUCCACGAGUACCUGCAGCGGCGCCUGGCAGGGACCCCGGGCCCCGCCGGCUCCCCCGCGCCCCCGUCCACGCCCCGCCGCUCUCGUCCCACCACCAGCCCCGUCCCGGGCACCUGGAAGCGGGACUCCACCCAGGGCAGCUACGGCCCCGCGUCCGAAAGCGCCGACUGGGGGCCCGCGGCUCGCCACCCCAAGCCGGAGGUGCUGGGCAGUGCCGCCGACGGCGGGCUCCUCGUCUCUCUCGAUGGGCUCCGCGGCCAGUUCGAGCGCGUUGUGCUGCGCUGGCGGCCUCAGGCGCCGGCAGAGGGCCCCGGUGGGGAGCUGGCCGUGCCAGGCACCGCGCGGACCGUCAGCCUGCCCGACCUCAGGCCCGGCACCACCUACCACGUGGAGGUUCACGGGGUGCGGGCGGGGCAGACCUCCAAGUCCUACGCCUUCGUCACUACCACAGGGUCCUCCCCAUCAGGCAUCCUGGGGCCUACCGAUGAGCCCCCUCCUGCCGGCCCCUCGACGACACAAGGAGCCCAGGGCCCCCUCCUCCAGCAGCGCCCCCAGGAGCUGGAAGAGCUGAGGGUGCUGGGCAAAGACAAGGCGGGGCGCCUGCGUGUGGCUUGGACUGCCCAGCCUGACACCUUCACCCACUUCCGGCUCUACCUACGAGUGCCUGAGUGGCCAGGGGCACAUGAGGAACUGCUGCCAGGGGACAGACGCCAGGCUCUGGUGCCCUCGCCCCCUCCUGGAUCCCCCUACGAGCUGUCACUUCAUGGGGUCCCUCCCAGAGGCGAGCCCUCUGCUCCCAUCACCUACCAAGGCAUCAUGGAGCCAGAGGAGGAGAAACCUGGGGAGCCCCCAAGGAUCCCGCGCCUGGGCCAGCUGUCAGUGACCGGCUUGACCUCUGACUCGCUGCUCCUGCACUGGACAGUCCCCGAGGGCGAGUUCGACUCCUUUGUGAUCCAGUACAAGGACAAGGAUGGGCCCCGGGCAGUACCUGUGGAGGGGCCCCAACGCUCAGUCCCCAUCACCUCCCUGGAGCCAGGCCGCAAGUACAAGUUCGUCCUAUAUGGCCUGGUGGGCAAGAAGAGGCAUGGCCCCUUGGUGGCUGAAGGCAAGAUACUGCCUCACAGUGAUCCCAGCCCAGCGGCAGCUCCCCGCCUUGGGAAGCUGUGGGUGACGGACCCCACCCCAGACUCGCUGCAGCUCUCCUGGACCGUCCCUGAGGGCCAGUUUGACUCCUUCAUGGUCCAGUACCGGGAUCCGGCCGGCCGGCCCCAGGUGGUGCCUGUAGAGGGGCCCGAGCGCUCAGUCGUCAUCUCCCCCCUGGACGCUGACCACAAGUACAGAUUCGCUUUGUUUGGGAUGGCCAACAAGAAGCGCUAUGGCCCACUCACAGCGGAGGGCACCACUGCCCCAGAGAGGACGGAGGAGCCCUCCCGGCCUGCAUCACCUGAGCAGCCCAUCCUCGGGGAACUGACAGUGACUGGCGUGACUCCUACCACCAUGCACCUGUCCUGGACCAAGCCUCAGGGCCCCUUCGACUCCUUUGUGGUCCAGUACAAGGAUGCUCAGGGGCAGCCCCGGGCAGUGCCUGUCGGUGGGGAUGAGAAUGAGGUCACCAUUGCCGGCCUGGAGCCCGACCGGAAGUAUAAGAUGAACCUCUAUGGGCUUCAUGGAAGGCAGCGUGUGGGGCCAGUGUCUGUAGUUGCCAAGACGGCCACUCAGGAGAUUGUGGACAAGACCCCUGCCCCGACAGAGCCCAGCACAGAGGCCCUGGAGACCCCCGAGGAGCCAGUCCUGGGGGAGCUGACAGUGACUGGGUCAUCCCCAGACUCUCUGAGCCUGUCGUGGACCGUACCCCAGGGACACUUCGACUCCUUCAGCAUCCAGUACAAGGACAGGGAAGGACGACCCCAGGUGGUGCGCGUUGGGGGAGAGGAGCGUGAGGUGGCUGUGGAGGGCCUGGAGCCGGGGCGCAAGUACAAGAUGAACCUAUACGGCCUGCACGAGGGGCAGCGCGUGGGCCCUGUGUCCACCGUGGGCGUGACGGCCCCACAAGAGGAAGAAGAGGCUCCUGUAGCCACACAGCCACCCCUGGAGCCACGCCUCGGGGAGCUGACAGUGACGGAUGUGACCUCCAACUCCGUGGGCCUCUCAUGGAUGGUCCCCGAGGGCCAGUUUGACUCCUUCAUGGUCCAGUAUGAGGACAGGGAUGGGCAGCCCCAUGUGGUGCCUGUGGCUGCAGACCAGCUCAAAGUCACUGUCCCCAACCUGGAGCCAGCAAGGACCUACAAGAUAGACUUCUAUGGGGUCCAUGGGGGGCAGCACGUAGGCCCCCUGUCUGUGGUGGUCAUGACAGAUCCCCUCCCUCCAGCCCCCACCACCGAGGCCACGGAGCCCCUGGUGGAGCCGCGCCUAGGGGAGUUGAUGGUGACAGGCGUGACUUUAGACUCUGUGGUUCUCUCAUGGACAGUCCCUGAGGGUGAAUUUGAUUCCUUUGUGGUCCAGUACAAGGACAGGGCUGGGCAGCCCCAGGUGGUACCUGUGCCCUCAGACCAGCGGGAGGUCACGGUCCCGGGCCUGGAGCCCUCCCGCAAAUACAAGUUUCUGCUGUUCGGUAUCCAGGACGGGAAACGACGUGACUCAGCCUCUGUGGAGGCAAAGACGGGUGAUGCCAGCCCAGUGGCCCCGCCCCGCCUUGGGGAGCUGUGGAUAACGGACCCCACUCUGGACUCACUGCGUCUCCACUGGACAGUUCCUGAGGGCCACUUUGACUCUUUCAUGGUUCAGUUCAAGGACAAGGAUGGGCCUCAAAUGGUGCCCGUGGAAGGCCACUCACGCUCAGUCACAGUGGGCCCUCUGGACGCUGGCCGCAAGUACAGAUUCCUCCUCUAUGGCCUUGUGGGCAAGAAGCGCCAUGGCCCGCUCUCCGCCGAUGGCACCACUGAGAGCCCCCGUGCCAUGGAGGAGACUGGCAUAAAGCGGACCCCGAAACCUCGGCUCGGGGAGGAGCUGCAGGUGACCGGAGUGACCCCGGACUCGGUGGACCUCUCAUGGACAGUCUCUGAGGGCCAGUUUGACUCCUUUGUGGUCCAGUACAAGGACAGAGCUGGGCAGCCUCAGGUGGUGCCCGUGGCAGGCAGCCUCAGGGAGGUCCGUGUCCCGGGCCUGGAGCCAGCCCGCAGGUACAAGCUGCUGCUCUAUGGGUUGCGUGACGGCAAGCGCGUGGGGCCCAUUUCCACCAUGGCCAUGACCGUCCCCAGGGAAGAACCUGAAGGCGAGAUCAAGGCCACACAGCCUCCAGCCCCAGAGCCUCGCCUUGGGAAGCUGAGAGUGGAGGAGGCCACACAGCACGGCCUGCGGCUCUCGUGGUCGAUGAUCGAGGGAGAAUGUGACUCAUUCGAAGUGCAGUACACAGAUGAAGACGGGCAGCUCAACGUGGCCACUGUAGGGGGUGACCAAAGCGACAUUACCCUGACUGGCCUGGAAUCUGAUCACAGAUACCUGGUGACCCUGAACGGAUACUGGGAUGGGCAGCGCGUGGGUCUUGGCCGCAUCGAGGCCCAUACAGUCGCACAGGAAGAGGAGGAGGAUCAGCCUUUAGAACCUACUACCACAACUCCCGAGUCCCCCACCAAGCCACGCCUCGGGCAGCUGACUGUGACAGACGCCACCCCCGACUCCCUGAGCCUCUCCUGGACAGUCCCCGAGGGACACUUUGACCACUUCCUGGUCCAGUACAAGAACGGAGACGGGCAGCCCAAAGUGGUGCGGGUGCCAGGCCAUGAGGAUGAGGUGACCCUGUCGGGCCUGGAGCCAGACCAUAAGUACAAGGUGAACUUGUACGGCUUCCACAGUGGCCAGCGCACGGGCCCUGUGUCAGCAGUGGGGGUGACUGCUGCCGAGGAGGAGACACCCUCAGAACCCACAGAGGUGGAUGAGAUCCCCACCCCCACAGAACCCAGCACAGAGGCCCCAGUGCCCUCCGAGGAGACAGUCCUGGGAGAGCUGACGGUGACUGGGUCAUCCCCAGACUCUCUGAGCCUGUCAUGGACCGUACCCCAGGGACACUUCGACUCCUUCAGCAUCCAGUACAAGGACAGGGAAGGACGACCCCAGGUGGUGCGCGUUGGGGGAGAGGAGCGUGAGGUGGCCGUGGAGGGCCUGGAGCCGGGGCGCAAGUACAAGAUGAACCUGUAUGGCCUGCACGAGGGGCGGCGCGUGGGCCCCGUGUCCACCGUGGGCGUGACGGCCCCUGAAGAGGAGCCUCCUGCUGUCCCCCUCCCGAAGCCACACCUGGGGCAGCUGACUGUGACAGACGCCACCCCCGACUCCCUGAGCCUCUCCUGGACAGUCCCCGAGGGACACUUUGACCACUUCCUGGUCCAGUACAAGAAUGGAGACGGGCAGCCCAAGGUGGUGCGGGUGCCAGGCCAUGAGGAUGAGGUGACCCUGUCGGGCCUGGAGCCAGACCACAAGUACAAGGUGAACCUGUACGGCUUCCACAGCGGCCAGCGCACAGGCCCUGUGUCAGCGGUGGGGGUGACUGCCCCCAGAGAAGAUGAAGGAACAACAUUAGCCUCGACUGAAGCCCUGACCUCGACCCCUGAGCCCCCCACCAAGCCACGCCUCGGGCAGCUGACUGUGACAGACGCCACCCCUGACUCCCUGAGCCUCUCCUGGACAGUCCCCGAGGGACACUUUGACCACUUCCUGGUCCAGUACAAAAACGGAGACGGGCAGCCCAAGGUGGUGCGGGUGCCAGGCCAUGAGGAUGAGGUGACCCUGUCGGGCCUGGAGCCAGACCACAAGUACAAGGUGAACCUGUACGGCUUCCACAGCGGCCAGCGCACAGGCCCUGUGUCAGCAGUGGGGGUGACUGCUGCCGAGGAGGAGACACCCUCAGAACCCACAGAGGUGGAUGAGAUCCCCACCCCCACAGAGCCCAGCACAGAGGCCCCAGUGCCCUCCGUGGAGCCAGUCCUGGGGGAGCUGACGGUGACUGGAUCAUCCCCGGACUCUCUGAGCCUGUCGUGGACCGUACCCCAGGGACACUUCGACUCCUUCAGCAUCCAGUACAAGGACAGGGAAGGACGACCCCAGGUGGUGCGCGUUGGGGGAGAGGAGCGUGAGGUGGCCGUGGAGGGCCUGGAGCCAGGGCGCAAGUACAAGAUGAACCUGUAUGGCCUGCACGAGGGGCGGCGCGUGGGCCCUGUGUCCACCAUGGGCGUGACGGACAUGCAGGAGAUUGUGGAUGAGACCCCCACCCCCACAGAGCCCAGCACAGAGGCCCCAGUGCCCUCCGUGGAGCCAGUCCUGGGGGAGCUGACGGUGACUGGGUCAUCCCCGGACUCUCUGAGCCUGUCGUGGACCGUACCCCAGGGACACUUCGACUCCUUCAGCAUCCAGUACAAGGACAGGGAAGGACGACCCCAGGUGGUGCGCGUUGGGGGAGAGGAGCAUGAGGUGGCCGUGGAGGGCCUGGAGCCAGGGCGCAAGUACAAGAUGAACCUGUAUGGCCUGCAUGAGGGGCGGCGCGUGGGCCCCGUGUCCACUGUGGGCGUGACGGCUCCCAAGGACGAACCUGUCACCACUCAGGCCACACCCACCGCGACUCCCGAGCCCCCCACCAAGCCACGCCUCGGGCAGCUGACUGUGACAGACGCCACCCCCGACUCCCUGAGCCUCUCCUGGACAGUCUCCGAGGGACACUUUGACCACUUCUUGGUCCAGUACAAGAAUGGAGACGGGCAGCCCAAAGUGGUGCGGGUGCCAGGCCGUGAGGAUAAGGUGACCCUGUCGGGCCUGGAGCCAGACCACAAGUACAAGGUGAACCUGUACGGCUUCCACAGCGGCCAGCGCACAGGGCCUGUGUCAGCGGUGGGGGUGACUGCUGCCGAGGAGGAGACACCCUCAGAACCCACAGAGGUGGAUGAGACCCCCACCCCCACAAAGCCCAGCACAGAGGCCCCAGUGCCCUCCGAGGAGACAGUCCUGGGAGAGCUGACGGUGACUGGGUCAUCCCCGGACUCUCUGAGCCUGUCGUGGACCGUACCCCAGGGACACUUCGACUCCUUCAGCAUCCAGUACAAGGACAGGGAAGGACGACCCCAGGUGGUGCGCGUUGGGGGAGAGGAGCGUGAGGUGGCCGUGGAGGGCCUGGAGCCGGGGCGCAAGUACAAGAUGAACCUGUAUGGCCUGCACGAGGGGCGGCGCGUGGGCCCCGUGUCCACCGUGGGCGUGACGGCUCCCAAGGACGAACCUGUCACCACUCAGGCCACACCCACCAUGACCCCCGAGCCCCCCACCAAGCCACGCCUCGGGCAGCUGACUGUGACAGACGCCACCCCCGACUCCCUGAGCCUCUCCUGGACAGUCUCCGAGGGACACUUUGACCACUUCUUGGUCCAGUACAAGAACGGAGACGGGCAGCCCAAGGUGGUGCGGGUGCCAGGCCAUGAGGAUGAGGUGACCCUGUCGGGCCUGGAGCCAGACCACAAGUACAAGGUGAACCUGUACGGCUUCCACAGCGGCCAGCGCACGGGCCCUGUGUCAGCGGUGGGGGUGACUGCUGCCGAGGAGGAGACACCCUCAGAAGCCACAGAGGUGGAUGAGAUCCCCACCCCCACAGAGCCCAGCACAGAGGCCCCAGUGCCCUCCGAGGAGCCAGUCCUGGGGGAGCUGACGGUGACUGGGUCAUCCCCGGACUCUCUGAGCCUGUCGUGGACCGUACCCCAGGGACACUUCGACUCCUUCAGCAUCCAGUACAAGGAUAGGGAAGGACGACCCCAGGUGGUGCGCGUUGGGGGAGAGGAGCGUGAGGUGGCCGUGGAGGGCCUGGAGCCAGGGCGCAAGUACAAGAUGAACCUGUAUGGCCUGCACGAGGGGCGGCGUGUGGGCCCUGUGUCCACCGUGGGCGUGACGGCCCCCCUUCCCACACAGCCUCCCUCAGAGCCCCGCCUGGGGGAGCUGGAGGUGGUGGCCGUGACCUCGGACACAGCACGCCUCUCCUGGACUGUGGCCCAGGGUCCCUUUGACUCCUUUCUGGUCCAGUACAAGGAUGCACAGGGUCAGCCCAAGUCGGUGCCCGUGAGCACAGAGCUCCGUGAGGUCACAGUCUCAGGCCUGGACCCGGCCCGCAAGUACAAGUUCCUGCUGUUUGGACUCCAGGAUGGAAAACGCCACGGGCCACUUUCUGUGGAGGCAAAAACGAUCCCAGACACAAAGCCCCCUCCCCGCCUGGGGGAGCUGACGGUGACAGACAUGACGCCCAACUCCAUGAGCCUCUCCUGGACCGUCUCUGAGGGUGAAUUUGACUCUUUCCUGGUCCAACACAAGGACAGGGAUGGACAGCUGCAAGCAGUGCCCGUGGCUGGUGACCAGCGCGAGCUCACCAUCCCUGACUUGGAGCCGGGCAGAAAGUACAGGUUCCUGCUCUAUGGCCUGGUGGGCAGGAAGCGGCUAGGCCCUGUUUCCACCGACGGUGCCACAGCUCCCCUGGAGAAGGAUCGGCAGCCCCCAGCCCUCCUGGGGGAGCUGGCAGUGACAGAUGAAACCUUGGACUCUCUGCGCCUGUCGUGGACGGUGGCCCAGGGCACCUUCGACUCCUUCGUGCUGCAGUACAGGGACACAGAGCGGCAGCCACAGGCAGUGCCCAUGGCCGCAGACCAGCGGGAGGCCACUGUGCGGGGCCUGGCGCCCGGCCGGAAGUACAAGUUCCUCCUCUAUGGGCUCCUUGGGGGAAAGCGCUUGGGCCCGAUCUCAGCCCUGGGAAUGACAGUUCCGAAGGAGGAAACACCAUCCCCAGAGGAGGACACGCCGGCCCCAGGGAUCCCUGAGCCCCGUGAAGAGCCCCUCCUGGGGGAGCUGGUGGUGACGGACACAGCCCCCAACUCCCUGCGCCUCUCCUGGAGCGUGGCCCGGGGCCCCUUCGACUCCUUUGUGGUCCAGUACCAGGACACGGAUGGGCAGCCCCAGGCCUUGCUCAUGGACAGUGACCAGAACAAGGUCCUCAUCUCAGCCCUGGAGCCCAGCACCACCUACAGGUUCUUCCUCUAUGGACUCCACGAGGGGAAGCGCCUGGGGCCCCUCUUAGCCGAGGGCACCACGGGGCCAGCUCCUGCUGGUCAGACCCUAGGGGAGCUGGGGCCUCGUCUGUCCCAGUUGUCUGUGAGUGAUGUGACCACCAGCUCCCUGCGACUCAACUGGGAGGCACCACCCGGAGCCUUCGAUUCCUUCCUGCUCCGCUUUGGGGUUCCGACCCCGAGCACAGUGGAGCCGCACCUGCGUCCCCUGCUGCAGCGGGAGCUGAUGGUGCCCGGCACGCGGCGCUCGGCUGUGCUCCGGGACCUGCGGCCGGGCACGCUAUACAGCCUGACGCUGUAUGGGCUGCGCGGGCCGUACAAGGCCGACAGCAUUCAGGGCACUGCCCGCACCCUCAGCCCAGUUCUGGAGAGCCCCCGCGACCUCCAGUUCACUGAUGUCAGAGAGACCUCAGCCAUGGUCAGCUGGACGCCCCCACCCUCCAGGGUGGACAGCUUCAAAGUGUCCUACCAGCUGGCGGAUGGAGGAGAGCCACAGAGCGUGCAGGUGGACGGGCGAGCCCAGGCCCAUCAGCUCCAGGGGCUCCAGUCCGGCACCCGCUAUGAGGUGACUGUGGUCUCCGUCCGUGGCUUUGAGGAGAGCGAACCUCUCACCGGCUUCCUCACCACGGUGCCUGAUGGCCCCACUCAGCUGCGCGCCCUGAACCUGACGGAAGGAUCCACCUUGCUGCACUGGAUGCCUCCGCGGGCCCCGGUGGACAAAUAUAAUGUUCGGGUCACAGCCCCCGGGGCCCCACCCCUGCAGGGCUCGGCCCCAGGCAGUGCUGUGGACUACCCUCUGCAAGACCUGAUGCUCCACACCAACUACACGGCCACCGUGCGUGGCCUCCGGGGCCCCAACUUCACCUCCCCAGCAAGCAUCUCCUUCACCACAGGGAUGAAGGCCCCCCAAGACUUGGAAGCCAAGGAGGUGACCCCUCGGACUGCCCUGCUCACAUGGACUGAACCCCAAGUCCCACCCACAGGCUACCUGCUCAGUUUCGAAACCCCUGGGGGACAGACGCAGGAAAUCCUGCUCCCAGGAGGGCUCACCUCACACAAGCUCCUCCGCCUCUUCCCUUCCACCCUGUACAACGUUCGGCUGCAGGCCAUGUGGGGCGACAGCCUCACGCCACCCCUGGCCACCUCUUUCACUACUGGUGGCCUUCAGGUUCCCUUCCCCAGGGACUGUGGGGAGGAGAUGCGGAACGGUGCUGGCUCCUCGAGGACCACCACCAUCUUCCUCAAUGGCAACCGCGAGCGGCCGCUGGACGUGUUCUGCGACAUGGAGACAGACGGAGGUGGCUGGCUGGUGUUCCAGCGGCGCAUGGAUGGGAAGACGGACUUCUGGAGGGACUGGGAGGACUACGCCCAUGGUUUUGGGAACCUCUCUGGGGAGUUUUGGCUAGGCAACGAGGCCCUGCACAGCCUGACGCAGGCUGGCGACUACUCCAUGCGCGUGGACCUGCGGGCUGGGGAUGAGGCUGUUUUCGCACAAUACGACUCCUUCCGCGUGGGCUCAGCCGCCGACUACUACCGCCUCCACCUGGAGGGCUACCACGGCACCGCAGGUGAUGCCAUGAGCUACCAUAGCGGCAGCGUCUUUUCUGCCCGGGAUCGAGACCCCAACAACUUGCUCAUCUCCUGUGCUGUCUCCUACCGUGGGGCCUGGUGGUACAGGAACUGCCACUAUGCCAACCUCAACGGGCUCUAUGGAAGCACGGUGGACCACCAGGGUGUGAGCUGGUACUACUGGAAGGGCUUCGAGUUCUCGGUGCCCUUCACGGAAAUGAAGCUGAGACCAAGAAGCUACCAGCCGCCAGCUGAGGGCGGUUAACCCACCACCCACUCCUGGCACCCCAGUUUGACUGCCGAGCACUGAGGGGUCGCAAGGAGGGAGAGAGGAGAAGCCGGGGCCGCCGGAAAAGGCCUUCUCUGCCCGCGAUCUCGCAGCACCAUGUUUACAGGGGGGAGGGGAGGGGUUGUGCGGGAGCAAUAAAACAGAAACAGAG